AGUCCGUCCACUGAUUCUCUACUGCAAUGCAAUAUCAUGUUUGUAUGGCACAAAAAUCUACCGAGAGCGCCUAUUUGGAUAAAGAAUCAUGAGUGCUCAGUUCCUCGCGUCGAAGAUGUUGCUCGGGGCACGCAACAGCGUGCUCAAUCGCGCGAGCGCAGGUUGCUCACAGUUAUUCCGCUUGCUGUUCAGUCUUCAAUCCUUUGCCUCUCCAACAGAAGACGUCGACGCCAAUGGGGCGAGAGGUGAAGGGGAUGGCUCUACGUCAAGAACUGACGGGGCAAAUACAACAAGCGGGAGUAGUACUAGUAGUACAACUAGAACUACUAACAUGUCAUCGUCGACAACAUGCAGCAAUGGCGUUUUUUCUACUGUAGUAGCAGCAGAGCGACUUUGUGUAGCGGUCGAGAGACUUCUCUCCACACCAACCGCGGCACAAUUCGGAGGCGCCUUUGAGUAUCCGGUAUUUUACACCUGCGUUGCUUCAGGCUUGAUUUAUUGGCAGAGGGCAAUCAUGAGCAUCAUCAUGGUGAAAGGAGUGGCACAGGACUUCGAAUUGUCACUAGUGGAGCAAGGCGAAGUUUUGUCGUCAUUUUUCCUCGGCUACAUCAUUGGAGGCUUUACGGCGAGUCGGGUUCUGCAGCGCAAUCCGAUGCCGCUUUACCUUCCGAACUUCAUCCUCAAAUGUAUGAAGAUUUAUGCUUACGCACGACUUCACAAAAGCAGGGACUGCUGAUAGAACAACCUACCAGCUAUUGGAAGCACAAUCGAUAGAUUCCAUACGCGCAGCUGAGUAGCGUGGACAAUUAGUAUUUCACAGUUGUUGUGACUGAGUCAACCCUUGGAUAUAUCAAUCUAUUUUUCUAGCCCGUAAUCAACACUACAACUAGUUUCCUACCUUCAUAAGGCGUGCGAUUGCUUCUAGUGCGAUAUCAACGCUGUUUAUUGCGCUGGUUGCCGCCUCCAAAGUGCAGCUUUUUCUAGCGCGACUGCUGACCGGAAUUGGACAGGGAUUCUUUUUCCCUUCCUGCUACGUUCUCCUGGCGCAAGUGGUAGAGUCACCAUCGAUUAUGGCACAGAUUUUCGAGUUCGAAUUACAAACUCGUUGUGAUGAUUGUUCUUCAAGAAUAUUCACUCUCCGAAUUACAAACUCGUUGUGAUGAUUGUUCUUCAAGAAUAUUCAACAUACAAACUCGUUGUUAUUGUUCUUGAAGAAUAUUCCACUUUGAAGGCUUCCAACUUUGUGGCAGCUUCUAGACCAGAACUUAUUUCCAGAAGAGUGUUGUUUUUCUAGUUAGUAGACACCGAGUAGGCUAACCAAGAAUCUAAUUCUAGAAAAACAACAGCACUUGGUCGUAUGGGAGCUGCAACGCAAGGGGCGGUUGCACUGACGUACUUUGUGUCCGCGGAGAUCCCGGAGUGGCACCACGCGACUGCCAUUGCAGCGCUCUCAGCCCUUCCGUUGUUGUACGCGAUGAUAUGUACGCGCGAGUACAUCGCUUUGCCAGGCGGGAGAAACCACGGUGGCUCGCGCUCGCGAGGUGGAGGAGUGAACACGAGCGAAGCAGCAGACCACGUCGAGGAUGGCGGGAAGAUGACAAUUAUAGGCCGGGCAAUGAUGUCGCCACAGCACUCAAGGAUACCUGUCGGCGGAACGAAACACGGGAGUGGGACAGACGAAUUUUCAAACAUAACAAACAAUGGGAAUGGCAUUAGCAAUAGCAUUACAUCAUCUUCGAGUUCGAGUAAUUCUUCAACAGCAAACAAGAAUAGUAAUCAUGUUCCGGACCCACUCGAGCCGACAACUGGUGGCGACCAAGAGAGUACGACCGCAUCUUCUAUCCCAUCAGCGACAGACGAGCCAACGUCAGAGUUGCAGUCUCAGCAUAGCAGUAGUUCGUGGAGCAGUAGUAGCAGCAGUAGCAGCAGCACGGAACAAAGACUCUGCUCCUCGAGCAGUCCUGGGGAUGUCAACGGUAGAAGAAAUCGAGGGAAUCAUCAGAAAAACGGAACGGCCGCGACAGGACUGACAGGCGGUUCGGGUCCCUCAUCUCCCUCUCGUACCCGAAAACGGGAUCCUGGAGGAGCUUCCCGUGGGUCAAAGAGGAACAAGAACUACAAUAGAGGUACGAGUAGCAUGUUUUCCAGAAUGCGGGACGGGAUUCAGAGCAAUUUCGGUUUUGAUUGGUGGAGGUACCACCCAGUGGACGACCAGCCAGACUGGAUAGCCUUUGCAGGAGACUAUGUGGUCCCUGGCACUGUAUCACCUUACAGUAGUCCUGUGAGAACCCAUGGCGCUGGGGUUGUAGACGUCCUGGAUCAGCAUAGGACGAGCAGUGUGAAAAAAAUCUACGGAGUGGGUGGUACGUUGGGGCAGGAGCAGGAAAUGCAAGCGAUUAAGAUUUAUGUCUGUCAGUUUUUGCUACUUCAUUUUGACCCACACUGAUGCUUCUUCUUCCACAGAUCUGAUAGUCUCCUCAGAUAAAAGUUCUAGGUUUUCCCUCCUCUGAAGUAGUUCUACUUUUCUCUCUAAAGAAGGGUCAAGAACAGCUCUACGGGUACAUCUCCGAUGGGCCAGGUUCAGCGGGAGGGGCACAAUAGCAGUGCGAGUUGUAGUUCGCCAGUCACUCGUGUACUAAGCUAUACCAAGACUAGCGACGAUCAUGGCAGUACCGAAGAGGAGCUUGAAUGCAUCACAGGAGAGGAUGGUAUGAGGAGAAAAAACCCACUCACACUCAAGAAAGUGCUCAUUUUCAACGAGAAAAGGAGCCCUGUUCUGAGCGUGAGUGUGUUUGUCCCUGUCAUAGAGGGUGUGACAAGACCGCCACGGGGGAACAGCAAUUUGACGGCAGAACAGCAGAAAGAAUUGCUCUACAUGCUCAUAACGUCGCGACCCUUUUGUGCGAUCAUGACGUGUCAUUUUUGUCACAAUUGGUGCAAUUUCAUACUUCUCGCAUGGUUGCCAACGUUUUUUGGCAAAAAGAACGUUGUCAUGUCUGCUUUUCUUAUGGCCAGUGAAAAAAUGUGAUGGAAUGAAAGAUCUUUGUUAUAGACGAGAUUCCUAUGAGAGGGCAUCUUUGUCAACAGGUACAAAAUCCUAAUGCGAAUGCACAGCUAGUACGACGUGCACAAUAAAAUCCUAACGCAAAUUCGCGGGUAGUACGCCCAUUCACAACUGCUUUCACGAUUGAAUUCUGGACUGACUAAUGAGACACUAGUCGAGCAACAUACCUGCUUUCUCCUCUCCUAGCUUACCUCGAAGAUUGCAUCAUGAAACACUGCGUUUGAAAAAUACCUCCUUUCUAAUCCCUCCUACCUCCUCUGCGCAAUCGCGGCACCAGUCUUCCCAUAUUACUGUGAACGAGAACUAGCAAAAAAGCGUGAUCUGUGGCACGUGCGACGAGAGCUGGCGGUUGUAGCCCUCUUGUUUCCAGGCAUUUUGUUUGUCGCAAUGCCCUUCGUGCAUGACCCGAGAUUGCAGAGUGUCAUGUUCUCUGCGGUCCUGGUUUGUGGUACCAUUUUCUUAUUCAUACUUACUGAUUAUACUGAAAAGUUUUGCAAUUACUUAUUUACCGUAUAGUAAUGGUAAAAAAGGAAGGACAAAACACAGGUGCCGCAGUCCAUUCUUCGGUCCUCGCCGGUCCGUUAGACCUUGCUGGCGAGAGUUACGUAGGGACGUUAUUAGCGACGACGAACAUGGUUGCCGCAUUGCCAGGGAUAGUCGGGGUGCAGGCAGCAGCCUACUGUAAGGAAUCCUUAGGAUGGAACGGCGUGUUUGUAUCGUGCGCCGUGCUCUAUUUUGUUGCGAUUUCGGUGUACUUGUCAUUUGGCAGUGUAAAGCGUUUGGUGUGAAGCGUUCGGUUCAACCACCUACACAUUUUUAAGAUGAACAACGAACAUUAAUGAACUAGAGAUUAUCGUUUUUAUAUUCUCUACGACAACUUCCGAGUUCACUAUUCACAAAACUAUCGAUAGGGCCCUAAGGUCGUUUCCAAACCAGUUUCUGUUACGCUAUUACAACUACAGAUUCAACGAUGUUUUGCGCGAUAACGUGGCUUCGCUGCGAGACAUCUAUCAAACAAAAUGGUUUGCUUUCAAGAAAGUCAAUCAUGAUACAGGAAUGAAAUGGGGAAACUUUGAAAAUAUUGAUUGAAGAUGAGGUUCUCAUUUGUUCAUUCUAUCGAGACUCAAAGAUUGCGCUGGAAGUGCUGCGCAAUCAAGAAUAUUUUUUGAAUACCGACAAUGAAAGAUAAGCGACAAGAUGUUCUAAAGGACCGUAAGUUGCCGCAGUUAUUCUUUUAUACAGAAGAAAAAGACUUAUCA